AUGGCGGACUAUCUUUACGAGCUUCUCUCUCCUCAUCUGGCCCCGACGGCCAAUUCCCCUACGCCCCUGUCCCCCGAACAGGACGCGACCACCGCCCAGUACCUCAAUCGACUGCCGACCCUCUCGCUCGAGGCCCUGCAGGAAACAGAACCCCAAUCGCUGGCGCAGUCCUCCCAUUCGACCCUCCUCUCGAUUCAGGCUCUGUCGAACCGCUCCCACCGGGCCUUCAUCACAUCCGCCGAUAAUCUCUCGAACCUCCGCACCUCCAUCCCGCACCUGACCCGCGACGCCCAGCAGCUCCGGGAUGCCGUCCCCCGGUUGGACGAAGAGGCCGUCUGUUUCUCCUCAAAAUACAGUCGGGCCGCGGAGAAUGCCUCCCUGGAGCAGCGCAAGCGGACUAUGCAAUUGGCCCGAAAUGUUGACCGACUCUCGGAUAUUCUGGAGCUCCCUACCCUCCUCUCGACGGCGGUGUCGUCGGCCGCAGCGAGCUCCGGCACAGCGGGCGGUUCGCUGUCGACGACAUAUUCGGCUGCCUUGGAUCUCUACGCCCAUAUCAAGCGACUACAGACCCUGUACCCCGAUUCCGCGUUGGUCAAGGAUGUGACUUCACAAGCGGAGGAUGCGAUGAAAGACAUGACGAGCAACUUGAUCGGGGGCCUGCGGGCGCAGAACCUGCGACUAGCAGCUGCGAUGAGGACGGUAGGCUGGUUGCGACGGGUCGCACCCGAGCUGGAAGGUCUCUUUCACGACGGAGGAUCCGGCACAGGGGAAGGCGCCUUGGGGGCGGUGUUUCUGAUCUGCCGACUGGCCAAUCUGGUGACUACGCUGGAGGCCUUGGAGCCCCUACGGGAGCUUGCCGACCAGGAAACGCAGCGCAGGGUGCGGAAGAGAGGGGCGAAGAACGGCGCCGGGUCGUGGUCGGAUGGACACCAAACCGAGAAAUUCUUGAAGCGAUACAUUGAGAUCUUCCGCGAACAGAGCUUUGCUAUCGUCUCUCUCUACAAAAAUAUCUUCUCCCCCGAUCAAUCCGAGUCGGAUCUCGCGCUCCUGACGGACACUCUACGCACCUAUCUUCCCAACGUCCAGGACAGAAGCUCGCGAGAGAGUCUCCUGACGCAGAUCCUGUACUGCGCUGCGAGUCUUGGGCGCCUUGGAGGGGAUUUCAGUAUGGUUCUCACUGAACUGAGCGACGCAGAUGACGCAGAUGACGAAGACGACCGUAUGUCUCAGGAGUGGGAGGAGAUCUCACGAAAGCAUCGGGCCUUGGCAGGGCGUCUGGAGCAGCUCACUGGUGGACAUCCUCCAUCCUCCUCCAAGGGUGGGAGUGCCUUGCGCGCCGUCUCACCUGCAUAA